UGUAGUAGGAAAGGAAGCAUCAUUUUGUACAUUUCUUUUGUUUUCUGAGCUAAUUCAAAGCAGGAUUUCUUUAUUUUGGAGUUCAACCUGAACGUUCUUAAGGAUUAGUGAUUGCGGGAAUGCCUCCUGUAAAAAAUGAAGGUGAAAGUGAUCCGGACGGGGACAUGUCUGGGGGAGAAUCGGAUCACUCCGCCUCUAGCCGAGCCCCGGAUCAUGAUUCCAGCGCAGAAGAAGCGGACGAACCUGAUUCCGAUGACUCCUCUGAAAUGAGUGAAGGUGAAUGUGAACGGAGAAGGUCGGAUUGUCUAGACAAUUUAACAAAUCUGGAGAAGCAAUUUGUGAUUCUGAAGGAACAACUGUACAAAGAAAAAAUGAGUCAAGUGGACCAGCAACUACAGGAAGUCCGUGGUGGUCGCUCUCAAGAAUAUCUAGCACCUUUACAAAGGCUCGCGGAUAAUAUGAACUCCCGAAAAGAAGUUGCCGAAAUCCUUAAAAACUUUCGAAUGGAAAACAUCCGACAUAAGUUCGAAUCGGAACUGCAGGCAGCUCGACAGCAUUUUGAGAGUGAAAAAAAUCUUGCCAUGGAUUCUAUCUAUGAGGAAUUGAUGGAAAAAAUCAGACGGCUCGAGGAAGAUCGCCAUAAUGUGGACAUUUCGUGGGCGGAUUGGGGAACAAGCACCAGAACUUCCAAGGUUCGUGGUCCGGGCCGAAAGAAAGCGGUCACCGUCUCCGGGCCAUAUAUUGUGUAUAUGCUGCGAGAAGAGGACAUACUCGAAGAUUGGACGUCGAUAAGAAAGGCACUGAAAAGAUCGACGGCAGCUGCCACUUGAUAUUUGGUGUAAAGUCAGGCUGUAGUUAGUUUACGAGUAGGUCUUUUUUAUCACAUAAGCAGGAAACCGGUGAAAAUCAUUGUUCAAUCGUAUUAAGCUAUAAGGUAUUUUUUAAUUAUGCAUCAUAAGUACUUCUCUCAGUUCGCAAUGAUAACGUAUAUGUGCUUUGGAUGAUUUUUUGUUAUAUGUACUGUACUUGGACAAAUUUGUAUUGCUUUUAUAACUCGGCAAUAAAUUAAGUAAAUGCAAUUCAGCUCUUUGUAUUCAACGUUGUAUAAAAUGUUAGUCUGUUCGAUUUAGGUUUCUGAUUCCAGGAUUAUAUAUAAAUUAGAGCUUAAUGAUGGUUGCAAAACAACAAAAAUCAAGCAUCUUGUAUAAAAUUUGCAACGGAAAGGUAGCAAGAUGUAUAAAUGAAAAAGUAUUUAUAUUUUAACAUUGCUACUGUUUUCGCAUAAAGACACUUCAAAGUUUAUUAUGACUCAACUUGCUACAACCUGCAACUCAAUCUGACAUAAAAAAGUGAGUUGUUUAGGAUAUUUCUUUAAGUUCCAAAGGCAUCGAGUACUAACGCCACCGAGAUUGCUUGUUGUAGCUCGAUGUAGAACCUAUAUAUUUAUUAAUGUUUCGGAACUGCUCCAGGAAA